AUGAAACUGUAGCCUUACCCAAUAACUAUCCACCUUUAAAUUUCCCAAAUUUCUCGAAAAAUACAACUCAUUGAACAAGCUCUCUCAGAAGCUUUGAACUACAGACAUUCAAAGCUCAAAACACAUUUUGACCCGCAGACUGUUCCGACCAGGCCCGACCGAUCCAGCAUGGAGCUGCCGGAGAUGGAAUCCAUGGCCUCGGCCAUCGGAGUCUCGGUCCCCGUCCUCCGCUUCUUGCUGUGCUUCGUGGCGACCAUCCCGGUGAGCUUCUUCCACCGGCUCGUCCCCGGCGGACCCGCCGCGCGCCACCUCUACGCCGCUGCCACCGGGGCAAUUCUUUCGUACCUGUCUUUUGGGUUCUCGUCGAAUUUGCAUUUCCUCGUGCCGAUGGUCUUGGGCUACGCGUCGAUGGUGAUUUGCAGAAAGUACUGUGGGAUUGUUACUUUCUUCCUGGCGUUUGGAUACCUGAUUGGAUGCCAUGUAUACUACAUGAGUGGAGAUGCAUGGAAGGAAGGAGGUAUAGAUGCUACAGGAGCUCUGAUGGUGAUAACACUAAAAAUCAUAUCAUGUGUAAUUAAUUACAACGAUGGACUGCUAAAAGAGGAUGACCUGCGUGAGGCACAAAAGAAAAAUCGGCUGCUCAAAUUGCCAUCCUUACUUGAGUACACGGGUUACUGUCUCUGCUGUGGUAGCCACUUUGCAGGUCCUGUUUAUGAAAUGAAAGACUAUCUUGAAUGGACUGAGAGGAAAGGGAUUUGGCAAGCUACGAAGGAUGGAUUGCCCCCUUCUCCUUAUUGGCCUACUUUCAGGGCUCUUAUCCAAGCUGCUCUUUGUAUGGGCAUUUAUUUGUAUCUUGUACCCCAUUACCCUCUUUCCCGAUUUACAGAACCAGUAUACCAAGAAUACGGAUUCUGGAAAAAAUUAAGUUACCAGUACAUGUCAGGCUUCACUGCUCGUUGGAAGUAUUAUUUUAUUUGGUCCAUCUCGGAAGCUUCUAUUAUUAUUUCGGGCCUGGGCUUCAGUGGUUGGAUAGAUUCAAAUCCACCAAAACCCAGGUGGGAUCGUGCAAAGAACGUUGAUAUAUUAGGCGUUGAGUUGGCUAAGAGUUCUGUGCAGAUACCACUUGUGUGGAAUAUUCAAGUCAGCACCUGGCUAAGACACUACAUAUAUGAGAGGCUGAUUCAGAAAGGUAAGAAACCAGGCUUCUUUCAGUUGCUGGCAACUCAAACCGUGAGUGCCGUAUGGCAUGGAUUAUAUCCUGGGUACCUCAUAUUCUUUGUUCAAUCUGCUAUAAUGAUUGCUGGUUCAAGAGCAAUCUACAGAUGGCAGCAAGCAUGCCAAGUGGCUCUACUCAAGAAGCUGCUUGAUCUAUUGAACUUUGCUUACACGCUUCUUGUUCUCAACUACUCCUGCGUUGGUUUCAUGGUACUAAGCCUGCACGAAACAUUAACCGCAUAUGGAAGUGUGUACUACAUUGGGACCAUUAUCCCAGUUGCCUUAAUCCUGCUAGGCAACAUAAUCAAGCCAGCAAGGCCAGCCAAAUCGAAAGUUCGGAAAGAAGAAUGAGGUCUUUAUGAGAUUGCGAGUUUGCAUCAUCAUCAUCAUCAUGACAUCACCAAUAGCUUGGAUUGAAAAUUGUACGGGAGUAGAUUUCUAAAUUCCUCUGCAUAUUUGUGUUUCCUUGUUUAGUUUCGAAUAACCGAUAAUUAUAAAGUCGGCUGCACCCAUUAAAUUGUUGUUAAUUAUUAUUUGCACACGAUGUUUUGUUAAUCAUGUUGAUCGUGUAAACACCAUUAUGUAAUUGUAUGGUUCCAUAAGAUCAAUAGAUCAUACAUGUGUGAAGACUAAGAAAAGAAGGAAAAAAUUGCUCAAAGGCUGAACCAGCUGACAUAACCUACUGGGGGCCUAUUGGGUUUAUGAAUUGGUAAUUUUUGCACAUGUCUGUGGCCUGCUUUUUGGUCGAAUCAGUCGAUGCCUUUUUUU